UCCCCAGGCCCUUUUUUUCCAUUUCCUCAUCUCCGCCUAGAUAGUUCGAGAGGCCAACCCACCUGAUCCUGAUGGCGCCUAAGGCCGAGAAGAAGCCCGUUGCGGAGGAGCCGGCGACCGAGAAGGCGGAGAAGGCCCCGGCGGGGAAGAAGCCUAAGGCUGAGAAGAGGCUACCGGCCGGCAAGUCCGCUGACAAGGACGGUGAGAAGGGCAAGAAGAAGGUCAAGAAGAGCAUGGAGGCAUACAAGUUAUACAUCUUCAAGGUACUCAAGCAGGUCCACCCCGAGAUCGGCAUCUCCUCCAAGGCUAUGUCCAUCAUGAACUCGUUCAUCAAUGAUGUUUUUGAGAAGUUGGCGGCAGAGGCGGCCAAGCUUGCACGGUAUAACAAGAAGCCCACCAUCACCUCCCGCGAGAUCCAGACCUCGGUCCGCCUUAUCCUCCCCGGUGAGCUUGCCAAGCACGCCGUCUCUGAGGGAACCAAGGCUGUCACCAUGUUCACCACCUCUUAGGCGAUACAGUUGCCUUCUGAUAGUCUCUAUUGUGUUUAGAUCUGUAUUAGGUGCUGCACUCGCAGUAGUUGCCAUGCUCUCGUCAAUCUAUACCUAGAAGUUGGCCUCCUGAAUGAUUUAAGGAGGUUGUGCGUAUGCUUUUGUGAUCCCAGUGUCAUGUUCCUGAAUAAUAUGGUUCAUCAUUGCAAUUGCUGAUUUUAA